AGUAAUUAUUUUGCAAUGCAACUGGACGAAUCUACAGAUAUCUCUAACUUUUCUCAACUUCUUGUCUAUGUCAGGUAUAUUUACAAAGAAGACAUUUUAGAAGACUUUUUAUUUUGUCAAACUUUAAAUGGCAGGACUACUGGUAAUGACAUAUUUACCCUUAUUAAUGCAUUUUUUGAAAAUAAUGAAAUUUCGUGGUCAAUGUGUAAGGCAAUUUGUACAGAUGGGACAGCAGCAUUUACUGGAUCAAAGAAAGGUUUUAGAGCUAAAGUUAACGAAAUUUCACCAAGUAUACUAUUUACUCAUUGUAUGAUUCAUAGGGAAGCUUUAGCAUCUAAAAAACUUGAACCAUUUGUCAACGAAGUACUACAAGAUGCUAUACGUGUAAUUAACUUUAUAAAAUCAAAAUCAUUAAAUUCUAGAUUAUUUAUGAUACUAUGUAAUGAAAUGGGAUCUGAUCAUACAAAACUACUACUUCAUACUGAAGUUAUGUGGUUAUCCCGUGGAAAAAUAUUAUUAAGAAUUGUUGAGCUUAAAGAUGAAAUACGAAUAUUUCUCCUUGAACAUAAAAAUACACUCGCAGAACACUUCUUAAAUGAAGAAUAGUUAGCAAUUUUAAGUUACCU